AUGCGGAACAUCCGCGAAUGUAUGCCAUCUCGAUUCGCAAGCGAGGCAAGGAUUGUCAUCCGGAAACAGAAGGCGCUCGCCGGCGAUGCGCACUUCCACCGCAUGGGCUGGCGCGGGCUUGCCCUCAUCCUCAUCGUCGAGGCUGUCGCCCUCGGCGCCCUGUCCCUCCCGCAGUGCUUUGCCGUGCUCGGCAUCGUGGCGGGCACCAUCGUCUCCGUCGUCUUUGGCCUGCUCGCCAUCGUCGCCGGCCACAACGUCGGCGCCCUCAAGUGCAAGUUCCCACACGUGCGCAGCUACGCCGACGCCGGCGCCGUGCUCUUUGGCAAGAUGGGCUUCGCCAAGGCGGGCUACGAGUUUGUCUAUGCCGUCUUCCUCCUCGAGCUCAUCUUCGUCUCCGGCUCGCACUGCCUCACGGGCACCAUUGCCUUCAACGACCUCACCAACAAGGGCGCCUGCGGUAUCGUGUUCGGCGUCGUCUCCGCGAUCAUCCUCUUCGCCGUCUCCGCGCCCGCCAGCUUUGCCGACAUGGCAUUCCUCUCCUUUGUCGACUUCGCGUCCAUCAUCGCCGCCAUCGGCAUUACAAUCAUCGCCACAGGCAUCCAGGCCAACCAGGCCCAGGGCGGACUCUCGGCGGUCAACUGGUCGUGGGCGCCCAAGGAGAAUGUCUCGCCCCAUGAGGUCUUUGUCGCCGUGGUCAACAUCAUCCUCGCGUACACGUUCACGCUCUGCCAGUUCUCCUUCAUGGACGAGAUGCAUACCCCCGAGACAUACGGCAAGGCUGUCUGGACUGCGGGCCUUGCCGAGAUUGUCAUCUACACUCUCACCGGCACUCUCGUGUACGCGUUUGUCGGUGCCGAUGUCGAGUCCCCUGCUCUGCUCUCUGGCGGCCCGACAAUCAGCAAGAUUGCGUUUGGUGUGGCUCUGCCCGUCAUCUUUAUCAGCGGCGCCGUCAUCACCCAAACAGCAGCGCGCCUCGUCCACGGCCGCAUCUUCGCGAACCGGGUCGAGCGCUACGUCAACACCCCUCGCGGCUGGAUCACCUGGCUCCUGACCGUCUUCGUCAUCGUCGCCGUCGGCUGGGUCAUCGCCGAGGCCAUCCCGUUCUUCAGCAACCUCGUCGCCCUCAUCUCGAGCCUGUUCAACUCGGGCUUCGCGCUGUACCUGCCCGCGCUCAUGUGGUUCACCGUGCUGCGCGAGGGGCCCUGGACGAGCAGGGAGAACUUGAUGAAGGGGUUCGUCAACGGGCUGAUGCUCGUCAGCGGUGUCGUUGUGCUCGUGGGUGGUACCUGGGCUUCCAUUCAGAGCAUCAUUGACGACUACAGGGAAGGCGCCGUUGGAGGCUCGUUUACAUGCUCGUAG